AUGAUAAUGGUGCUGGGUAGUUCACUCCCACGUGCGUGAUGGUUGCCCAGCAUAUACCUUAUGACAUGUCAGCAUACACAGUGCAGUCGCCACAUAGCCUGAGAGCAGGGCACUGCGAAUUCCUCGAGGUCGACGAGCUUGACUUCGAUACAUCGAGCGUCCACGCACAUCUUGUCAGCCCCAGGGUGAAGCAGGCUUUAUUUUACCCACAGCAACAGCAGUACCCGCAUGGAAAUCACGACGAAGCAGGAACUUCUCUCCUCGUUGAUCUCCACCGUCUCGCACCAUCCGUUGCCAAAGAUUUCCUACCGAGACUUUCUAUCCGGGAUGAUGCUACCUUUCGUCUCAUCAACGACGCGUACCCGGAAGUUGAAGAAAAGUCUUACAUAGCUAUAAGCUACGUUUGGUACAAAAUCAGCCGAGACACCCCAAAGAAGCUCAUAUCGCCUGUCGGCGAUCUGCCGUUCGGAUGGGUUCAGACUGUCGAGCAGGUUCCCCUUCCCACCACAAAAGGAAUGUUCCAGGCUGUGUUGAAUGAGAGAAGGGCAGGUGAGGGCUUGUGGUUUGACCAAGUGUGCAUCAAUCAAGAAGAUGAGAUCGAGAAAGCUUUGGCAAUUGGAGCCAUGGACUCCAUCUACAAGAAUGCUCGGCUUGUGGUUGCAGCUUUGGAUGAUGUCUCCGUCACGCUGGAGGAGUUACAGUAUCUCGAGCAAUACUACCAUAAGUACGUUCUCUCGGACUUACCACUGGAUCAACACCCUAAUCUGGGAUUGGAUCCGCCGGUCAUGCAGCAGUAUCCAUGGUUACGGUCCUUCGUGGAGCGGAUCCUCGGUUCGAUGUGGUUUGAACGAGCUUGGUGCGCCCAUGAGCUACGCAUGGGACGCAGCCAUGUCUUUCUUAUGCCCUGCGAUAUGGAAUAUGGAGAAAAUACCGCCUAUACAGUAAUCCGGCUCACCGGAGCUUUCUUCGUUCAUAUGCUGGUACUUGCCAGUGAAGUCAUCAUAUCCUCCGCAACGCAACAACAGAUCAGGUCUCUACUACGAAUAUUUUCGGACUCUUGCCCAUACUAUGAUCAAGAGACUCUGGGUUUGCGAGAGCCUUAUCGUAGACCGGGAUCACUGUCGCGAUCACUAGUGCCUACAGUCUCAGAGAUUUUCAACAUGAAAGCUGGAGGAAAUCCGCGGCUUCCGGAGUACAUGAGAAGACUGGAUGCGAAUCGGGACAAGACGUCUAUCGUAUUGAACGUGACCGGCAUACCUUUGGUCCUUAAACCGCCUUCACCCUUGCAACGGCCCGCAAUCGAGGAUGAGUGUCUCCGCCAGCUUCUCCUCGUAGGAAUAGCUGCAAAAGAUCCGGUCACACUCUGCACAACCGGUGCACCAUUACAGCUCCACGACGGCUCUAUAUCAUGGCUCUGCAAGCCUACACCACUGGAUCAGCCAUCUUCGUACUCGGCUCAACCUCCGCCUUUCCCACUAACAGCGAACACAAUCACGCAAGGCUCAGACGGACGAGCAGAGUAUGUCCAGCUCGAUCUUAUCUUCCUCGACCUCCCGCACCGCACGCUGCCGAACCCCAGCUUCCCCGCCAUUGUCCGCCGUGCUCGCGAAUUUAUCGACCUCUGCAUCCAAUGCCAAGUGCAGAGCCAUACCCUCUGGAACCUUGCACAAACACCAGCGCAUCCGCGAAGCCCAGCCAUGCGCAACAUCUUCAUACAGACACUAGCGUGCAUGUUCGAGUGCGGUGCAGCCUGGCUGCUGGACGUGGUCUCCCAACCUUCGUUCUCACAGAGUAUCGCUGGCCUAGACCCCGCAGCGUUGGAGCUCUUAUUCAAUCCCCAGGUCGUCCUCCACACCUAUGUCAACAUUCCCUUCUUCUCCGCGCUGCUGUACAUGCUCGGGACGUUAAUCGCACACGGGGUCCCCUGGGCCUCUUCCGCGAGCGAACGCACACACGGCCCGCUCAUUGUGUCCGCGCCCUCACCUCCCUCCGCGCACAACCCCCUGCCGCCUGCGAGCGGAAAAUCUCUCAUCUUUGCACCCUUCGCGCACUCAAAGACGCUCCUCGUCGCUGUCCCAGCCGCUGUGAAGAGCCCUGACUACGCCGCGCUGGCUCGCGGCUGGAUUCUCACGCCGAGUAAUCCGUAUACGGGGUCGGGCACGGGGAGCCCGAAGGCGGCGGUGAGCUGGGUGCUGAGGGGGAAGGGAACCGUAUUUGGGGAGGGGGCAUUUAAUCUAGGGUUGGGGGAGAGUGGAAGCGAGAGUGUGCGGAAUCAUAGGGUUUAUGGGCCG